AUGGAACACCCUUUUUUCCACGCGAGCCUAAUCCAGGGCUAUGGCGGCGAUAUGGUACAACCGUCCUUUUCUGGACCUCGCGCGGGCUCGCGCUCGCGCUCACGCUCGUUGCACCAUUGUCGCAUUUAUGGCAUGACCACAGGCAGACAAACGAGCCCUCCAUUGCCAACGAGUCUUUCUUCCAACAGUCCCGGAUCCCGUCUACAAUUUUCUACAGCAACACUAGGGAUAUUCAAGACUGAGGCUUCUUCUGGGGUACCUCUAGCAGUAUGGCCAAAUCAGGACGACAACAUUCGCAACCACGUCGAAAAACAGUCGGAUAGCAAUAUCACACGAGUCGAGAAGAACCAGAGUGUGAUGAUCUCGCGAACAGACUUUGAAACUCACCGGGGACCACCGUUGCAGCUCCCACUACUACUUCAUGACCCUGUCCCUGCUAACCCACAGCAAGAGGGAGACGAAUCGCCAUUGCCAUUGCCGUUCCAUCCGCCUUCACGGUUGCAAACUCUUCUGCGCAGGACGCCGACGAGCUAUGACUUGCGUGCCGUGGCACACGCACAACGACACGGCAAUUCGCAUGUGACUCCAGUCAAGCGCCUUCUACCAAGCCCAAUCCCUAAAGGGAGCAGUACACAAAAUGAUGACGAAUGGCAGCGCUAUAUCGUCAACAGGAAGUGGAAUGAUGAUUAUUUGAGUUGCUUACAGGACACGAGACAGUCAUGCUCUUAUUCAUGUUCUUACAAGCGGGGCACUUACGAUGACUGCUUGACAGUAGCUCAAAAGCAUCCCUUGCAACAGGAAUCUAAUGCUUCCUCGACUGAUGAAGAGCUGGAGGAUUCAGACACAAACUCGGAGGCAGACUCCAGCACGGAAGACGAUGCACAACUACUGUCCUAUUACUACAACGAGUCUGGCAGACUUCCCGCUCAGGUCGACGAGAAAAGCACGGGAUCGACGAAAUCAAACGAGACGGUCGUGGUGGGUCACACUGGUUUCGCCCAGAAAACACCCAAACAAGCACAGGCAGACGAAUUAGGACACCAGCACGAGCAAGACUAUGAGAGUGUCGAAGGAGAUACUCUCGGUUUUGACGACGGCAGACACAAAUCUGCGGAGAGAGUUCACCACAGUGGAUAUCAAAACACUUCUGGUUUCUACGAAGAUGAAGGAGGUACAGUUGGUAGCGGAGAGUGCUGCAGUGCGUCGAGCCCAUUAUCAAGCACUGAUUCCGUUCUGGAGCCAUCUACGCCACCCACGCCAUUGGACCUUAAUCAUGAUAUUGGUCAGUGUCGUAACCAUCGCUGCAACGAUUACGAAGACGGCAACGGCAAUGACAAUGUCAGGUGCGAUCUCAAACGAGCUCGCAAUCGUGAGGCCGUGGCAUUCUGUUCCUCCGACGAGUCUGGAUGGCUGGCAAACACCACGUCUCACGAAGAGAGACGUCGGAGGUUUAAAGCGCGUCUAUGUCAAGUUGUUCAACGACCUUGGACUGCUGAACUGAGAUACAAUCAUCGCUAUGGCUACGGUUGCGGCACGGAUUGUGAGAAUGGAGAUCGCGAUGAGGAUGAGGGACUUGGUGUAGAGGGAACAGUGAUGAUAGCAACGUUGUUGAUUGGGAUCGGGCCUGGGAAACCAAAAUUGAUACAGAUACAACGGCCCGCAUCUUCGAGCUCUCGCACGAGCUCCACCGAGCCUUCGUCCAGUUUGAUUUCCAACCGUGCCUCCGACUCAGUCCUGGUCUCAAGGUGGUCGACGAGUCUAGAUACCCGGUGUCCUCCUACACCUUUAGGUCCAAUUGAGCCGUCGACAAGGAUCGAGACGGACCUUGGGACUCCAACAGUAAGCGACAGUACGAGUGGAAGUGGCAGCGAGAGCGAUAGCAACAGCCAGAGACGGGUUAGGAUCGACCUGCAGCAACUAUCGGGAGCCCCCAUCCCUACUUUUACCGGAGUCGGACGAGAUAAUGGACGAGCAGAUGUUGCUGUCGCAACUAAUCCUUCAAUACCAGUCACUGCUCCGACUCUGGCAUCAUUUUCCAUUUCAGCCGCUUCUGCAAUGUCCAGCCAGUCUGUGCAGGCAGUCGAAGGCGUCGGUGCGGCCCCUCCAUCUACGCCUAUCCGAGCAUCGAAAAAAGUGCAGGACCGCGUCGAAGUCUCUGCUUUCAGUCCCUACGAUACCCCUGGCGGGGCUGAUGAUUAUCACGACUACGACGAAGAUUUCGAUGACCCCGCUAACGUUGCCGCCGAAUUCGAUAAUCGCAGCGCUGGUCAUGGCUAUCACGACGGUGAUGUUUUCGGUGGACCAGAACCCGGAUCAGGACUGUACUGCCUGACGGACAUGCAACCCCAAGCUCUGCGCUACGUGACCUAUACAUAA